AUGUCACUGGCUACACACCCCGAGAGCGCCGCUGGCAGCGAGGAAACCCUCUCAAACAUCAAAGCAAUCACCUUCAAGGACGAGACUUGGAUCCUCCUACGAUAUUCUGGCCCUCUGGCAUUGACGUACUUGCUCCAGUAUGUCUACCAGAUAGUGGUCAUCCUGGUCGCCUCUCGAUUGUCCACGGAUGAGUUGGCUGGAGUCAGUCUGGGCACUACGACUUCAAACAUCCUGGGAUAUGCUGUCUUCGAAGGCAUGGCUACUGCGCUUGACACCUUGUGUUCACAAGCGUAUGGUGCUGGACGUAUGACCGAUGUUGGCAUGCAUACAGUGCGAUUCACGAUCUUUCUCCACAUUGUGGCAAUCCCCAUUGCUCUCCUCUGGCUUUUUGCCGAGCACAUCCUGAUCCUUGUCAAGGUCCCUUCUAAGCCACUGAUAGAGAACGCCGGAAGCUUUCUGCGUUUUUCACUCAUUGGUGUCCCUGGAUAUGCAUCUUUCGAGGCUGGAAAGCGCUUCAUGCAGGCGCAAGGAAACUUCGCCGCCGGGUUUUACGUUCUGCUAGCCUGUCUACCUAUCAACAUCGCAUUGACUUGGGCUUUGGUCGUUCCAGCUGGAAUGCGAGUUGCAGGCGCUGCUCUAGCUACCUCGCUCACCAAUUGCUUGCGACCAAUUCUACUCAUUGCUUAUGCCAUCUUCGUGAAUAGAUCCACCUUGAAGUGCUGGCCAUCGACCAAGGAGAUCCGAGGGUAUUGGAACCACGAAUGGAAGAGUAUGAUUUGGCUUGCAAUUCCUGGAGCGUUGAUGACCCUAAGCGAGUGGCUACAGUUCGAGAUUCUGACCUGCACCAGCUAUCUAGGGACAGCUGCACUCGCGGCUCAGACCUUCCUCAGCACGACUGCUGUUCUAGUUUGGCACAUUCCCUUCUCGGCCUCCAUCGCUUCCAGCACACGCAUCGGCCAGCUGAUUGGUGCAGGCUUCACCUCUUCUAUGACUAAAUUGAUGAGGUGGCACGCUCUCGUCUUCGGACUUAUCAGCGUCUUGUGUUUCGGACUCACGAUCGGCAUAAUGGCUCUCAUCCAACGCUUCCUGAUCCAUGACGACGAAGUAGCUGAGAUUAUUCGAAUCACGCUACCAUUUGUGGCAAUACUUGUUGUCUUCGAUGCUACGCAAAAUUGGCCGCACGGUGUCGUCAGAGGCUUUGGUUGGCAGAGCAUAGGAGCCUGGGUUACAUUCGUCCUUGGCUACUUGUAUGCAACACCAUUGGCCAUCUACCUUGAGCUGGGGCCACCGCAUCUCGGAAUCAGAGGGCUGUGGAUUGGCUUGGGUAGUGGCUUACUGGCAGUCACUGUGAUCGAGACUAUGGUCAUUCUCUGGAAGUUGAAGAAGACCGACGACCUGCGCAUUGAGGAUCAUACGGCCGGCAAUGACGACUGA